AUGUUUCGUUCGUCCUUUGUGGACGAGAAUUCAAACCCGUGGUCCCCAUCUUCGACGUACAUUCACGUAGGAUCUUUACAAAAUAUCCUUAAGUUUGCCGAGAAAUCUGGUCAUAUUGACAGGGUAAGUUUUAAGUUUAACUUAAGUUUGUCAACAUUAUAUUUAAUAAACUUGAUAUUUAUGAAAAUCAUUCUUAUUCGAUCUGAAUGAAUCGAUUAAUAUUGGUAAUCGAUGAAUAACCGAUGGCUGACUUUUCUGUGACUUUUUACCACAAUAUUUAAUGUGACAAAAAAACUCUGCUAUCUCGCAAUUAUGACAUUGAUUGGCAGAAAAUUAUUAUUGACAAUAAAAGAUCAGCAUGGUGACUUAAAGUGAUCACUCAUGUUCUCUGUUUUCAUCCUUAAACACUAAAGUUGUGUUUGUGCGGAUAAUGUCAGUGGAUCAAAUUUGUUUGCAUUGACAAAUGAAUAGGACUAUAUAGGGAGCAAACUUCAAUGCCAUGAAAAUUUGGAAACGUUUUAGAUAUUAAUAUAAUCAUGAGUAUUUUUCAACUUGUUGUAGAAGAAUUCAAACUUUGAGGAAAUCGAAAGAAAAGCAGAAACAACUUCUCCAUCAGUAAUAUUAAUAACACUUCUGAGAGAAAUCACAAGGCUUGGGAAAGCGUUGGACAAGGUAUUUCUUUAACUCCCAAUUUCCCAGUAUUGUUUGUUUAUACAUUUUAUAAUAAUGCAUAAGUCAAUUCCAGCUGCACCCAGCCCCCCUUCCUGCCCCCAGGCUACUGCGGGGCAUUUGCCCGCCUGAUCAGUCCGGGGGGUGGGGCAUUUGCAAACUGACUGAUGAAUUGACUGAUGCAUAAUAUGAAGACAAGACAAGUCACAACUUUUAUUAAGCCAACAAACUUGCACAAUGUCAUCUGUUCUAAAGGUUCCAAGAACAAUGAACAGCAAACGGCCUGGUAAAUUUAAUUCUUGCAACCCCCCAUGCACGAGGAAGGGUACAUUGUUACUCGAGGCUACCUAGCACUGAGAGACAUAAUCUGCGAGCCAUUUUCCUUCUUUGUAUUUAGGACACAAAAAGGAAAAUUUAGUCUAUCUAAGACAGAAGGAAAGCCAACAACAAAAAUUUUAAAGCACAAACUUGUGUUGUCUGUCUUUUGUCUUUGGUGAUAUUGAUAAAUAAUUGAAAAAUUCUGGAAUGAAUUGUGGCUAAGGUUCUGUAAUAGAGGUAUCAUAUUUGGAAGGCAGCCAACCUCGUUCCCAGGGUUCUCUCCUACCCACCCUACGGAGCGAGAGAGGGCGGGUAGGAGAGAGCCCUGGGAAUGAGGUUGGAAGGCAGCAUGGCCAAAUGGUCCUGAGUUUGAGUCUUACUAAUCCCACCACUAGCUGGAUUUGUUUCUCAGUCAUCCAGAAUUCAAAUUCGUAGACAUGCUUGUAAAUAGCCAUCUGGUUGCCUCUUGCCAGUUGGGGUUUUUAAUCCACCUGGAUUAGUUGUUUUUCACAAGUGGAGUACUUGUAAAAUUUGGCUGGCAAAGUGCAAAAAAAGUCAGUUUUACAGCUUGCCAUUAGGGCAAGCAGUAGUUUAAUAGCAUGUACUAGCCCAAAAGUCAUUUUAACUAGCCCAAUAAUGAGCAGGGCUGAUAACAGUCCUUUUGUGAUUAGAAUCCCUCAAAAAAUUUCACCUGCCAGGCGGGCAAGUUAAGAACAGAAUUCACUAGCCCGAUAGAAAAAUCCACUUGCCCUGGACUAUUCGAAACGACUCUCUUUGCACACUGGCUGGAAAGCUAAAUGCUCUUUAAUCCUAUCUAAACAAACCUUAACCUUUUACCUUUUUACAGUGUACCUAUCAUCAAAGGUCCACAAUACCAAAAGGAUACCAUAUGCACCUCUAAAACUUUAACUUACCGUAAAGUUCCGAAAAUAAGCCCCUGGGCUUAUAUUUCACAAAGGCCCUUUUUGAGGGGCCUAUUUUUGGAGGGGCCUAUAUGGGAAGGGGCUUAUCUACGGAGGGAAAUUUGCGUUUCAAAAUCGAUUGGGCUAGCCUUAUUGUUGCAAGGAAAUUUAUCGUUUUUGCUUUGUUUUACCUUGUAUUUGAGGGCAAUUUCCAAGUACAAGCCCCCCGGGGGGCUUUUAUUUGGAGGGGCAAUUUAAUGGAGGGUUUUUUGCGUUACAAGUUUGGGGAGCUUAUAUUUGGAAGGGCUUAUAUUUGGAGGGCUUAUUUUCGGAAUUUUAUAAUAUCCCACCACACAUACCAAAGGUUACACAUACCUAUACAGUGUUUAUUAUUCGCUCAAAUAAAGAAAUAUCUCCUUUGGGGGGAAAUACUUCUAAAAUAAACUUUCCCAGGAAAUUAAUUCUGGCUAUUCAUAUUAAUUUGAUUCUCCAAGAUGUGAAUAUCAAAAUAGUGGUUACAGAUGAAGGUAAAUUCACUUUUAUGGUCUCUCUCCAAUCAAGGUCAACCUUGAAAUUCAGUGCCAUUUAAAGGAAGCUGAAACAAAAGAUAUCACUCAUGUGGAUAUACUUGGUAAUUUAUUUAUAAUAAUAUGUACUUUAAAUUAAUUAUGCAGCAUGGAUAUUGUCCUUUUGUCAUGAAGAGUCAUGAAAUAAAGGACCUGAGGCUUGUAUUGGAAGAAAGGGGAGGAAUUGUGAGGUGCACUAACUCAGUAAAUGAUAGUUCGUUAACUCUCCUUGCUGGUUUCCCUCCUUUGAAUCCAGUUAAAUUUGAACAACAUUCUGAGACUUUAAGAUGCUUUAAUCUACUUUUUGUUCUAAGAGGUUUUGCUGUAACACAAAUGAACAUGUUUCAAACUGGUUUUUAAGUUUUGUAUUGUAAGAAUAUGGCUAAGUUGCCAUUCGUUUUUAAAAAAGCUGUAUAUAGUGUCCAUUUGAUUUGAAUUCUGCUACAUUGCGAUUAAGUGCUGCUGAAAAUAAAUAGUACUAAUAAUAAGGUACAUAUAGUGUAACUUUUAAAACUGGAUGACAAAUAUUUUUAGUCUCUCACGCUGACAUUUCGGAGAAGAGACAUAUUUCAAAGCCCUAAUGGCAUCUGCUAGGGAGACCACAAUAUUUUAUACUUCUUAAUAAUUUUCCUUGGUCUCCCUUGACUAUAAUACUUUUAAAACAGUUAAGUUUGUUAUACAGGACAGAGGUGUCAUCAUUUAGAACAGAUCUCUGGCCAACUGUCUGCCAUCAUUGAGAAAAAAGAUGAACUCAUUUCAAGACUGCAACAACCAUUUGUUGGAGAAUUCUUGGAGAUUGAUGCAGCCCAUCACAAGUAAGCUAACUAAAAACUUGUUACAAUGAAUUUUAUUAAUUGAUUUCAGAAAUGGACAAUUAAUGGGCAUGUAUAUAAUAAUCCAAUGUGGCACGCUGUCAAGCUUAGAGGGGUCGCCACAUUCAAUAUUGAAUUUUCCACUGCAUGUUGAGUAGCCUAUAUUAUAGCAAGCUCUCCAGGCUACUCGCAAGCUACACAUUGAGCUGUGGUAUUUUUUUUUCACCCCAGGGGGCUACUCAGGUCAUUUUUUUGCUGGGUAUGUGCCGCUGUUCUCUCAGAACCCCUAGCCCAUUGUAGUCUAUUGUGUGGCCAAUUAUAGACCCCACCUUAGUCACUUUUGGAUAAAUGUAAUAUACUUAGCCACUUUCUGUUUGUCCAUCUAUCUUAUAAAGCCUUGUAGGUCAGCAAUCCUAAAAUGUCUAGUUAAUGAACUCGCCCAUUUUUUUCAAAUUCCUGGACACAAAAAAAUUCUCCACCCCCAAAUCCCAAAAAUGUGUUUGUGACUUCAUUCUAGUAACUCUUAUGAAAUUGUAACCCCAUUAUAGUCAAUCCAUAUAGAGGCACAUCCCCAUUAGCUAGGAAGUACCCUCCCCGAGGAAAUCAAUUUGCAGUAACGAUCGCUGGGUGAGAUAAUCAAUCUUUUGGCUCUUUUACGUGGUAUUUGUUAAGAUUUAUUUUAGCAGCUCUCAUUUGAUUGACGUCUUCCCAAGUUGACACGAUGCUUUUCUUGAAGAAAUUAGGCUCUUUUAUUCCGUCCCUUAAAAAAGAAGAAAAAGAAUCGUGUUGUCCCCAUUAAAGUGCUUGCCACGCCAUCUAUUGUUACAUGUAAUUGCGUUCCAAGGGCGCAGUUGUAAUCACUUCUCUUGUCGACCCUUCUUCUGUUUUCAACCACACUUUAGACGCCUUCACAAAAUUCUUGUCGGGGGCUUUCUCUCGACCAGGAACUUGUAUAUAUUUCACCCUCACCCUUUCACCCUGUUAGAGUAUAGACUCAUUCGUAGUUCGUAAUUUACUAUAAAAGUAAUACUCUUUUUUUUCCUCGGUAGGAACACAGCAGAGAUUUUGCCCAUGAUCUCAUCAAACUUGGCUAGUUUCCCUGUGCUGCUAGAAAAUAUAACGUGGAUAAGAAACUUCUCACUGGCAGAUGGCCAGUUGGUAGGUCAAUCACACAUGUCUCACAGAGUGGGUUUGAAAAACUUAAAGACAGUUGGGCACUUAAUGUCUGUAUUUGUUACUUCUGUUUCCUAUCCCAUCUCUCAAAUAUCUUUUAUGAACGGGUUUCCGCAAAGCGGGGUUCCACCGUACGACUGUAAACUUUUUCGCGCCAUAUUUUUUUUCUUUUCAAGUUAGUUCGACGCUUAGUUAAGUUCGACAUUCGAUCUAGCAGUCGAACUCAAUGGGUCGACCUCAACGGCAAUUUGGUUCGUCUUACGAAAAGUUCACCUCUUGGCGUUGGUUUUGGUUUCUCUUAAAAAACUGUCAGAGCCCCUUCAUGGGAGGCGAGUUUUUCGGUCUUCUCUGCAUCAACACUUGUUUUCUUUUCUGUUUUUAGCUGGGAGACCUGUCCUCCAUCGAGUCAUCGUUUGCUGAGAUUCAAAGCUUCUAUCAAGCAUUGUGUCAGAGUCGAAAGCUCAUGGCGCAACUUGGGGAGGAACAUGGAAAACAGAUGAAUUCACUGGAAACUGUUUAUUCAUAAUUGUUUGUUCACAAUUCGAAGCAUAGAAAUCAUUGUUUAAGAAAGCAGACACAACACGACGGACACUUGUAUUUACUC